AUGGCAAGCAACCGGCACAGGGUCGCUCAAGCGGGGCGGGCAACCAGUGCUGCACCACUGUUUUUCAAGGCGGCGAGAGUGGACGAGCUGGAACUGGAAGCCAAGCUGAGUCUGAACAACCCAUCGAUGGAGGCCGUCAAGGAAGCCCAGACGCUCUGUCCAGGUCGACGGAUUGACUUUCUUAUCUCCCUGGGCGCUGGAAAGGGUCUACACAACGGCUCGGGCUCGAUUGCACGCGCUUGUGCCGAAAUGGGAGAGUCGUCCGAACGGGUCGCCCGUGAAUUCGAGGCCAGAGCUGCACAGGAGGGAUGGCCGGCCAGCUACUUCAGGGCCUUUUUCAAGGGCCUGAAAAAUGAGGAUAACCAAGGAGAGUGGGAGAACCUGCACUGGGUGAAGGCCGGGACGAUCCAGUAUCUGUUCAUUGAUGCGCGUAGCCAAUUUGACCAACACCUGGAUAAUUUGAUCAAUAGCAACCCCUCCCGGCCACAAUCCAACUCGCCGGGAGGGGUUCCUCCCAACAAGCUGGGAUGA